AUGUCAACAGGAAACUUGGGGAACUUGCCUCUAAUCAUCAUCCCAGCAAUUUGUAGAGAAGAAGCUAGUCCAUUUGGAGCACCUGAUAUUUGCCAUGCAUAUGGAAUGUCUUAUGCUUCACUUUCUAUGGCGGUAGGAGCAAUUUUUUUGUGGUCUUAUGUUUACAACAUUGUGCGGGUGUCCUCAACUAAGGUCCCUGAAAGUAUUGGCCCAGAUGAUUCCACUAUCAGUAUGAAGUCUACUGAAGCAACAUCAGAACCUCUCUUAGGAAACCACACCAAAUUGCAACAUCAGAAUCUCUCUGUGGACCAUGCAAAUGAGUUUUUGCUGCCCAGUAAAGGAAAAUUAAAGGUUUUGGAUCAGAUAAAACAAAAUUUAGGGAAGUUUUCAAGAAAGAUUAAUCUGAAUGCGCUAUUUGCACCUUCAACUAUUGGAGCGAUAUUGACAGUGGCAAACCUAGAAAAUCAGAUGAUUUUGGAGUUCCAGUCCUUCUCAGUCUUUUACUGGCUGGGAAGGGCACAACAUCUUGCUGGGUUUGUCAUUGGAUUAGUUCCCCUAUUCCGAAAGUUAAUUAUUGGUGGUACUGCUCCUCUUCGCGUGGUCCAAGAUUCUGCUUCCUUGCUGGG